AGGGUUAGCUUCCACAACAACCACCUACCUAGAUAAAGAAUAGAGACCAUAUUAUAACCAUUGGAUUGUUUUGAAUCAACGGAUCAGAUGAUUCAAUCAAAUGAAUUUUCGCCCAAUUAUUAAUAUUAAAUAUAUUAAUAUCAGACGCUAAAGGGCAUAAAAGUAAUACAAAUUAAGAUUUAAUUUGGUAUGUUUAACGAAAUUCCGUGAAAAUCUACAUUCCUAUUCUGGUGCGGUAAUCUCAUAAUCAAUGAACAGAUAUUGUAUGAUUCGAAUCAGUAGGUCAACAUCAUCGACGAAAAGAUUUGUGAAUCGUCAACCCGUUCUACGGCUUCAUUCAUUGAAAUUUCGGAUUGCGAAGCUCAGAUUAAAUAUACACAAGAAAAGAAAACUCACGCACUUCAUUCUGUGUAUCCAGAAAAUUUAUGAGAAAGAGCUGAUUUUCAUCUUGGAUACUUCUGCGGAGGUGAACAACCAUCCUAUUGGAUCGAACUACAACGUCUUGUGUGAUAUUAUACGAUCUCUACUGGCUGAUUUCCUGAAAAACAGCAAUGAAGAUUUAAGUUUGGCAUCAGUUUCAAAAUCAUCUGUAAAAGUCGUUGAUAUCAAUUGGGCAUACAAGAACAAUGCGGUCGAUGCGGCGUUGUAUGUUAUGAGGCAUAUGGAGACGUUUGAAGGAGAUACUUCUAUUGAAUGGAAUAGUGAAUGCCACCGAUCAUCAUAUAGCAAUACUGAGGAUGCGAUACUGUUCAACGAUUGUUAUGUGGGAGAAGAACAAGUACAAGGAGGAGGUUUUGAAAGAUGCAUCUGCAACUUAUGGGUUAGAACUUGCAGAGAAUGCAACAAGAUUCGAUAGACUUCUCACAGGGUAACAAUGAAUAAAUACAUGUACCACUUGCUGGUUGGACUCCAUGUUUUAGGUGAAUGAUGGAUCUUAUGUCUUUCACAUGAGAUUAAAUGAACUUUGAUAUGCACAUUUUACAUACUGAA